CUCCCUCAGAACCAGCUCCGGAUGGCUCAGGCUGGUGGGCGGAGGUUCUCCCCCCUGAGGCUGCCCUUAGGGGCCUCAGGCUCGUCCUGGAGGAGGUGCUCUUGGAGGUGCACCACCGUCGUCUUCGUCUGCGUCACUGUCUGCCUCGCUGCCGUCACCACCUUCCUUGCCGCCUCCCACGUAGGACGGUGGCACACUUCGGAAGGAUGCUUAGGAAUGGGUGGCACCGACGACAGCGCCAACUCCUCCCCCGAUUUCAAUCUUCCGCCCCCACUGCAGCCUUCCUCUCCAGGAGGUACCUCUGUCAAUAGGCCUUAUACGCACAUGCCUCCCGACGGCUCUUCCUUCAACCCGCUGAACCUCGGAGAGAAGAAGGAGUUCAACCUCGCUCCUUACGGCUACUGGAACAUCCAUUUGACCCUGAAUGACCCCACGGAUUUGAGGAUUGUUCUGAGCGUCCCAAGGGGUACCAACCUUGGCCUGUACGCCCGCCGCGGGAAGUUGCCGACACACACGCAGCACGACAUCAUGAAAAUCCUGAGGGGCAAUCGGCAGAGGGACAUCCGGGCAUCCCCCGUGAGUACGCCGGUGAGCAUGGUCGAGCUGACCGUUGAGGAGGUGCUGGAGGCAGGUGAGUGGUUCCUCUCGAUCUACAACGACGACGGCGACCCCCACCAGGUGAACUUGGUGAUCACACGAGGCCCAGGUGGAGGGGAGUGCCCGCAGAGGUGCCACGAGAGGGGGAAUUGCAUUCUCGGCAGGUGCCAGUGCGCCCCGGGAUACAGCGGGAUCGACUGCUCUCAAGUGCUAUGCCCUAUAUUGUGCUCUGGCCAUGGUGCCUAUGUGGGAGGGCAAUGCAUCUGCCACCCCGGAUUCAAGGGCAAGGAGUGCCAGCUUCGACACCACGAGUGUGAGGUGCCAGACUGCCAUGGCCAAGGGCACUGCGUGGAUGGGCGCUGCAAAUGUGCCAAGGGAUAUACCGGUGAAUUUUGUCAGACAGUGGACUGUCCGAACCCGAAGUGCUCAGGCCACGGGUGGUGUGUGAUGGGGACCUGCGUGUGCCAGAAGGGAUGGCGAGGCGACGACUGCUCCGAGAUGGACGUGGAUGCCCAGCAGUGCCUCCCCGACUGCAGUGGCCACGGGGCUUUCAGCAUCGAGGCCCAUGCUUGCGUGUGCGAUCAUCUCUGGACCGGCUCUGACUGUUCCAAGAAGGCGUGUUCGCUGGACUGCGGGCCCCACGGAAUCUGCGAGAACGACGCUUGCACCUGUGACGAGGGCUGGACAGGUGCCAAUUGCUCGGAACGCUUGUGUGACCCCAGGUGCAGCGAACACGGCCAAUGCAAGAAUGGGACGUGCGUGUGCAUGGCGGGCUGGAAUGGACGCCAUUGUACCCUCUCGGGAUGCCCUGGGAACUGCCGGAACCGAGGCACGUGCGACGCCGACCAGGAGGGCGUGUGGAAGUGCCUGUGUCAGCCCGGGUGGGACGGACCCGACUGCUCGGCCAUGCUCGAGACCCAGUGCAGCGACGGCGUGGACAACGACAGAGACGGCCUCAUGGACUGCCAGGACCCCGAGUGCUGCACCCACCAAGCCUGCCAGGACUCCCAGCUCUGCGUCAGCCGCUCCACCCCGAUGGACAUCCUCCUCCGCAAGCAGCCUCCAGGAUCGACCGCUUCCUUCUUCGAGAAGAUGCGUUUCCUCAUCGAAGAGGACUCGCUCCAACACUUCUCCGGCGAGUUCAACAAAAGUGUUAUUUGGAACCACUUCCACCCGAGGAGAGCAGCCGUGGUUCGUGGUCGGGUCGUCACGAAGGCUGGGCGUGGCUUGGUCGGCCUUCGCGUCGGGACAAGCAAUAACAACGAAGGCUUCACUCUCACUCGUCGGGACGGCUGGUUCGAUAUCAUGGUCAACGGAGGGGGGGCGGUGGCACUCGACUUCGGCAAACCUCCGUUCACGUCGAAGAAGAUCCGAGUGAUGGUGCCAUGGAACGAGAUGGUGGUCCUUGACGACAUCGUGAUGACCGUGAGCGGUGUCCCCGGACACAACGAUCGUUCGGACGACUACCACGACCACCAGCAGCGGCGCCUCAGCUCGUCGCACUGCCCGCUGCACGACUACGACCUCCUCAAGCCCGUCGUCAUGGCCACAUGGCAGAAUGGCUUCCAAGGGGAGUGCCCCGAGGUGGACGCCAUCCUGGUAGAGGCGCAGGCGGUGCAGGAAUCCGUUCGCAUCCCUGGGACGGGACUUUACCUCGUGUACCACUCUUCAAGGGCCAACGGCUACGAGUCAACGCUGCGCCUCCAGCUGACCCCCGACCGCAUCCCGUCCUCCUUACGCCGCGUCCACCUGCGGAUCGUCCUCGAGGGCAUUCUCUUCCGCAAGGUGUUCGAGGCCGACCCUGCCAUCAAGUUCACCUACGCCUGGAACCGCAUGAACGUGUACAGGCAGAGCGUGUACGGCGUGACUGUGGCUCGCGUGUCGGUGGGCUACGAGCACGAGAAUUGCCCCAAGAUCAUCUGGGAGCAUCAGACGGCGCGGGUGGCAGGGUACGACCUCGCCAUCUCCAGCGUCGGUGGAUUCAACCUGCAUGUGCAUCAUGCUUACAAUUUCCAUCAGGGUAUUCUGCAGAAGGGCGACGGCCAGAACAUCCACCUGGCAGGCCAGCGGCACCUGGUGACGACCCUCCUGGGCACGGGCGAGCAGCGGGAGGUGAACUGCGGCAGCCGCUGCGAGGCGACGGAUCCCUCUACGUCGGCGACUUCAACCUCAUCAGGAGAGUCAAGCCCGACGGCACCGUCAUCACGGUGGCCAAGCUCAACGAGACCCGCGUAUCGUACCGCUACCACGUGGCCGUCUCCCCCUGACGGCUCUGUGUACGUGAGCGAUCCCGAGGCCCACCAGGUGCUGCGUCUGGAGAACACGGAGGGCGUGACGGACCCCUUGCGUAACACCGUCACCGUCGUGGGCUCGGGAC